AUGUCAUUCCAGUCGCUCAUUUCUGGUUCUGAAUGUGCUGCGCCUGCAAACCCGCUCAACCAGGUCCUGAAGCAUACAGACGGUGAUCGCAGUCUACAACAAGAUCGUCUUGCAGGACCGUCAACAUCAAGGCUUCAAUUUCUGCCGACAACGUCAGCCCCCGCUGCCAAUGAACAAGAUCUUGCCCUUGCUCGCCAGUUCUUCGAAGCAAAUGGUGAUAGUCCGGCGUUGCGACCCGCUUUUUCUAUUCCCGGACCCUCUUUGACUGGUCCGGCUCCACCAAAGUUCAAUGAAGCAUGGGUAGCGGAGCAACAGGCUCGUAUACGACAUUUUGAAGCCCAGAAGGCUCAGAGUGCUUGGUCGACAGAAUUUGGGUCGUCUAAAUUCCUCCCUCAGAGUCCGUCUGCUCCUCAGAGCCUCGUCGCACCACAAGAUUUCCAACAAAAUUCGUCAUAUGGCCCCUCUAUGAGGAUAUACGAUCCACAAAUGACGAGAAUGUAUGGGAUGGGCAUGGGCAUGAAUAUGAAUAUGAAUAUGUACCAAGGCCCUAGUGCAAGUUAUGUGGUGGACCAGGACAAAGGGAAGGCGAAGAGUCGAGACGCUGACUUCGAUGCUGCUUUUGAGCAGGCGGCCUCUCUCGUCCCAACCCAGGCGACCGAAGCCCGAAUUGUUGAAGUUGAAGAUGUGGCAGAUCUCAACAAGGCUUUAGAGCAAACACAUCUGCAACCUACCCUAGUAGAGCCUGGAAAUGAUUUCAGAAAGGUAUGGGACCAUCUACAAAAUUCAGAUCUUCCACCGCCGAAGGAAGAUCAAGCCAAAUGGGAAGCCGAAUUUAAUCAACUGAUGAAUUCACAGCGAGAAGCCGACCUUGAUUAUGACUUCAGUAAAGUUAUAGAGAAUACAUGGCAACAGGGUGUGGAUAACGACCGGCAAGAAAAUGUAGGGCCCGAACCAAUCAGGUUCGAUAGUGAGGGGAUACCUAUCUUGGGCGACUACAUUUUUGAACCUAACAACAAAUAUCUAACGUCGACAUCGACCAGCUCGCCCUUGGCGGAAGCUAAGUCACUGCUUGAAAGGAAUGGGUCUUUAUCAGAAGCCGCUCUUCUCCUCGAGGCCGCUAUACAGAAAGGGGAUCUUGGGGAAGGCGGAUAUGAGACUUGGAUAUUGCUAGGAGAAACUCGUAACAUGGAUGAACGGGAGGAGGCCGGUAUGCGCGCCUUGAUGGAAGGAGUCAAGAGGGCUGAGGCUGCUGGUGCUGCUGGUGCUGGAAUGCUGUCCCUUGCAAUAUCCUUUACGAACGAGUCAUACGAAAGGGCCGCCCAUACCAUGCUCCUUCGUUGGAUAACUGCUCGAUAUCCCUCUCAUCAUGUCCCUCAGGACACUUUCCGAGCCACACAGCAUACUGCAUGGGACGCUAACAGUCGAAUAACGGAAGUCUUUCUUGAUCUCGCACGAACGCAGCACAACCGAGGUGUCAUGGAAGCAGAAGUACAAAUUGCUUUGGGUGUUCUGUUCUACUCUACAAACGACUAUGACAGGGCAAAAGAUUGUUUCCAAUCUGCGCUUUCCUUAAGACCGCAGGACUACCUGUUGUGGAACAGACUGGGAUCAUCAUUAUCCAAUGGAAAUAAACCGGAGGAAGCUUUGGGUGCCUAUAGAGAGGCUUUGCAGUUAAGGCCUACGUAUACGCGGGCAAUAUACAAUGUGGGAGUGGCCUGUUUGAACAUUGGUGCACAUAAAGAAGCUGCUGAGCACUUCCUGAGUGCUUUGUCGAUGCAAGAGCAGAGCGCUGGAGAAACCAGUGACCAAUUAUGGUUCACGCUUCGUAGAGCUUUGAUGUCGAUGGCAAGUAACGACCGUGCGGACCUUGCUGACCGGGUCAAGGCGGGGACGAGCCUUGAGUCUUUUCGCAGAGAAGGUUUCGAUUUCUAG